GACGAAGGGAGAGAGAAGGAGCACCUGCAGCGCCUGGAAUUCGUACUGGAACUGGAAUUGGAACUCCCCGCCAAAUUUGAGAACCGGACAAAUUCAGACGUUUGCAACAGACGCUUUCUUGACUUCCCUCCAGCGGCGCCGGCAUACCAACAAGAUGCCAGUCAUUAAGCCUCUUGCAGGCUCGACAGCGGCCCCGGCCACGCGCAAACAGCCCUCCAGAAAAGGCAAAAAGGCAUGGCGAAAGAACGUAGAUGUCUCCGAAGUCGAGAAGGGUCUUGACGAACUGAACGAAGAAAUCAUCAAAGGUGGCGUUGUUGCUGAGCGAGCUUCCCACGACCUUUUCACUCUCGACACCGUCGGCGACGCAGCAAUCCCCAAGAAGUUCCCCAAGCAUGCUUCCAAGAAACUGAAGUCGGAUGAGAUUCUGGCCGGUCGGUCAGCCGUGCCAGCCGUGGAUUCGCGCAAGAGAUCGAGCGACAGCGCAUCCAAGAGUUCAGACGGCAUCAUCGCCCCCAAGCGACAGCGCACCGGCUACGUCACACAAAAGGAACUCAGAAAGCUCAAGAAGGUAGCUGAUGGUCAUCACGAUGAUUCAAUCGAGUUCACUGAGACCGCUUAUGACCCCUGGGCUGUUGAGGCACCAAAGCCCCUGGCAGACGACUAUGUACAUGACACUCGGGACGACAGCAAGAAGGCGCCCAAAUCACUGGCUGGCAAGGCUAUCUCCUUGGCUGCAAACGGAAAGACAAUCCCCGCUGUAUCGAAACCCGCUGGAGACUACAGCUACAACCCUGCCUUCGAAGAGUAUCAGGCUCGUUUGAUUGAGGAGGGAAACAAGGCUGUUGAGGCUGAGAAGAAGCGCUUGGCCGAAGAAGAGGCCGACCGUAUCAGAACGGAGGCUGCCGCUAGGUCAGCUGCCGAAGCAGAGGCCGCAGAAGCCCGCGCUCAGUUGUCAGAAUGGGAGGAGGACUCGGAGUGGGAAGGCUUCCAGAGCGGGGGUGAAGAAUUGAAGGUGUCAGCCAAGAGGCCCGGAAGGAAAACGCCAGUCCAGCGCAACAAAAUCAAGAGGCGCCACGAAGAAGAGCGACGGUUGAAGCAUGAGGCCAAGACAAGAGUCAGAAAGGCUCAACUGGAACAGAUCAAGGAGAUCGCCAAGGCUGCAUCAGAGAAGGACCUGGCACGAGCCCUGGCCAAUGCCGAAGACAGUGACACAAGCACCGAAGGGACCGACAGUGUUCUCCGCAGAAAGCAACUAGGCAAGAUCAAGCUACCCGAGAGGGAUCUCGAGCUCGUACUCCCAGAUGAGCUACAAGAUUCCUUGAGGUUAUUGAAACCAGAAGGCAAUCUGCUCAAGGACCGGUACCGGAGCCUCGUGGUGAGAGGAAAGGUGGAGGCCCGCAGAAGAACUGCUUUGAGACAUGCCAGGAUGAAGGCUACGGAGAAGUGGACUUACAAGGACUUCAAGAUAUAGUCCAAUCACAGCAAGCAAUAGACGGUGCAAAUACCUCAGGUUUCCCCCCUUCAAAUACCAUACUAGCGGACCUCAAUUCAGAAUACGACCACCAAGUGAUGGCCAUGUUGAAUGCGAUGAGCCCCUGCGUUAUGGCAUAGUUUUCUUGUUCGGUGAGGCUGUACAAAUUCUACGCACCCAGUGAGACCCCUGAACUCGGAGCGGCGAGUUGCAAUGACCCAUCUGUCAGUUACUGUAUAGUCGGACAUCUACAGUAGAACCGUAAAUCAUUUCACAAAGUGUAUGCCUGCUGUACUGUACGACUGCAGCGUCAAACAUGAUACCUACAUAGGCAUAAGUACCAAUACAUGGACC